GAGCGAGACGUCGGAGGCGAAGGACGUGCGCGAAACGAGCUCCUGGAAGGGGUGGUGAAGAAGAAAAUAUAUUUUUUUUCCCCUCCACUUCAGAGAGAAAUUACUUUUAUUCGAAGAGAGGAAUUAGACCUUUUUUUUUUUUCUCUGUGAGCUUUGUUAAGGGAGAUAUAAGACCAUGCACAAGCUCGUGGCGUUUUUGGGGCUCGUUUUCGUGGCUGAGACGACGGGGGCUAUUAAUGCUAAGGGAUGCACGCCCCUGGAUUCGUGGACCUUUGAUAAGAUUGUUCCAAAAUUCAAAGCAGCCAUAAUCAAAUUCGACAUCGCUUACCCUUAUGGCAAAAAGCAGGAGGAGUACACCAAGCUGUCUGCUGCAGGGAGAGGCUCAGUAGAUCUCCUGGUAGCAGAGGUGGGAGUGAAAGACUAUGGAGACAUGGAAAAUAUGGACCUAGCUGAGAGAUUUGGUGUUAAGAAGGACGAUUUCCCAGUGGUGAAGCUGUUUCUGAGUGGACACGAGGACCCAAUUGACUUUGAUGGAGAUUUCACUGACGAGGAGUUGAAGAAGUUCAUCCGGCGUCACUCUGAGGUCUAUAUUGGGCUGCAGGGUUGCCUGGAAAUCUUUGACCGCAUUGCUGACAAGUUUAUUGCCACAGAAAACCUGAAUGAGAGAAAGAGUCUUCUCAGAGAAGCAGAGGAUGAGUGGGACAAGAUCAAGAGCCAGUCUGACCAGAAGAUUGCGGAAACUUAUGUCAAGAUCAUGCGACGGGUGGUGGAAAAAGGGAGUGACUUCAUAGAUCUUGAGAAGACAAGGGUCAGAGGAGUAAUGGCCGGACAGAUUACGAAAGAAAAGAGAGAUGAGAUGGAAGGCAGGUUAAAUAUUCUUAAGUCAUUUGCACAUGAUGAAUUGUGAGUGACUAAAUUAUUUAUUUAUUUAUCUCAUGUCACUUGAGUCUCCCUUUAUAAUUUCUCAAAGCAAAAGGGAUUCUCAGUUGUGUUUGAUACCAAAUAUUAAAACUGUUGAAGGAGUUUGGGUAAGGGUUGUGAGAGGGCAAUGUUGCAUGAUAUAAUUGCAGAAACAAUCAGCUUUUAUCAGGUAUUUUCUUUUGAGGCAAGAACUGCAGUGUAUGAGUCAUAUAUAUUAAUUCAGGAAGUAAAAAUGGAAUGAAUGUUUAUUUAUUUGGUAUAAUGUAUCCACCUGAAAUUGAGGAUAAUUUCAGCUUUUUCAGGUUGAGAGUAUGGCUUUUGUGAAGUUAUGUCAGCACAUUGAAUAUGCAGCAUAAAGAUAUUAAUCAUUUUAUAAUGUCAUGUUACUGUGCUUUAGCACCAUUUAAUUGUUGUUACUGUUCACUUAUGUAUGUAUUAUUGGUAAUUAUCCAGAAUAGAACUUCACACAGAAUAUGAAAAAAAUAAUGUAAUGGUCAUAAAGAUCGCAACAUUAUUAUGAAAAAUAAUCUGCACAGAGUA